AUAACAUAUUUUCUCUUUUGGAAGUUGGAAAGUGUCGGCAGCCUGAUAAUGAUGGCGGUCGAGAGAGUGUGUUAGAAACUUGUGGCCAAAUUAUUUUUUAUAAGACAGAGAAGUCCAGUUAUUAAAGGAUAUUGGUUGUGAGGUGAACAUCAAGAUGAUACAAGUGGGGAUGUUCAAUGUGCCCCCACCCCCCAUCCCAGGGAAGCCCCUUCCACCACCUGGAGGGGGGCCACAACCUUUCCAGCCCCUCUCUUUCAAACCGUUCAAAACUCCUGAUGGAGAAUUUGAUGGGAAGCGAUUGCGUAAAAGUGUGAUGCGAAAGACUGUGGACUACAAUUGUUCUGUGACAAACAUGCUUGAAAGUCGGGUAUGGCAGCGUGAUGAGAGGGACCGUCCAGCCUUACAGGCAGAUGUGUGCUAUGCCUCAGAAAUGUUGCCCCCUACAGCUCAUCCUUUGAAUCCCAUAAACGCAGUUGUCACUAAGUUUGUCCGUACUUCUACCAACAAAGCCAAGUGCCCAAUCUUUUGUUUAGCGUGGACGCCCGAGGGACGCCGCCUGGUUACUGGUGCAUCAUCAGGGGAGUUCACUCUGUGGAAUGGCCUUACCUUCAACUUCGAAACAAUAUUACAGGCUCAUGACAGCAGUGUACGGACCAUGGUGUGGUCUCACAAUGACCAAUGGAUGGUGACAGGGGACACAGGAGGAUUUGUCAAAUACUGGCAGACCAACAUGAACAAUGUGAAGCUGUUCCAGGCACACAAGGACCCUGUGCGCGGCCUCAGUUUUUCCCCAAGUGACCAGAAGUUUGCCACUGGAUCUGAUGAUGGAACUGUUAGGAUAUGGGACUUUUAUCGCUGUUACGAAAAAGUUCUGCGAGGUCAUGGAGCAGAUGUGAAGUGCGUGGACUGGCACCCCGCAAAGAGCCUCCUUGCAUCGGGCAGCAAGGACAACCAACAACCCAUCAAAUUAUGGGACCCUCGCUCAGGACAGCCACUUGCCAAAUUGCAUGCUCAUAAAAGCACAGUGAUGGAUUUGAAGUGGAAUGGUAAUGGAAAUUGGCUGUGCUCAGCAUCCAGGGAUCAUUUAUUGAAACUCUUUGAUAUUCGUAACUUAUCAGAGGAGUUCCAGGUGUUUCGAGGUCACAAGAAAGAAGCUUCGUGCAUUGCCUGGCAUCCUCAUCAUGAGGGACUGUUUGCUAGUGGGGGUUCUGAUGGUUCUAUAUUGUUUUGGCAUGUUGGAAAUGAUAAGGAAGUGGGUGCUAUUGAAUCAGCACAUGAUGGCAUCAUUUGGGAUCUAGCCUGGCAUCCCUUAGGUCACAUCCUUUGUUCUGGAUCCAAUGAUCAUACCUCAAAGUUCUGGACCAGAAAUCGUCCUGGGGAUAAAAUGAGGGACAAGUAUAAUCUCAACACUUUGCCAGCAGGAGUUCUUGCAGAUGAUUCCAUGGACAUAGAUGAUAUUCCACUGAAUACAAGUCUGACCUCCCAGGGUGUAAUCCCUGGAAUGGGUCCUGAAGAUAAGGUAGAGGAAGCAGAAUCCACUGGUCCAGAAACCAUUCCUGGUCUAGAUUUUGACUCCUCUGCUUUUGACAGAUUUUCCAAGAAAACUCCUUAUGCGAAACCAAUCCCUAAGACCUUCCAGGCAGCAUGGAAUGCAGCAGGAGGCUUGGAGGAUGAGAUGGAAGAGGAGAACAGUGCUACAAGCUGGGUAGUGACAGACAGUGCUGGACUCUUCAGCCUACCAGCCAACCUUCCUGGAGAAAUGGUGUACACUGAUGAUGGAGAUGAACUGCCUCCAGGAUCAGUUCCUCUAAACACCAUUAGAGCUAAUUCCAUUCUUUAUUGUGGUUUUCUGAUUCCUCUAAAUAAAAUACCAGGGGAUGUAAUUCAGAAUGCUUUCUCUACCAUGGAAGAAGAAGAAGCUGUUGCAGAAGUUACAGGAGAUUUUGAAUUUGCCAGGAAACUCAUAAAAGAAAAGAACCAGCUUAUCAAUCCAAAUGCAAGCACUGAGGAACAACCAGAGAAGAAGGCUCCAGCUCCACCACCACCAGGCUUCCAGCAAAAUCAAUUUAAUGAGCCACCAAAUCCUCAAAACUUUAAUAAUAAUCCACCCAACACCACCAACACAAACACCAAUGCCUUUCCAAACCCAGCAGGCUUCCCAGGAAUCCCAGCAAACUUUGGGAUGCCUGCUGGUGCUCCCCGCAACUUUGGGGCCACACGAGGGAAUUUCCGAGGCCUCCCUGAUGCAGGUUUUGGUCGAGGUGGUGCCCAACGUGGAAACUGGCCCAUCAGAGGGGCACCCAGAGGAGGAGGCCCUGUUGCAGGGGGACAGAGAUUCCCCAAUGAACAAUUUCCCCAAGGGUUUGAUAAUAAGGAUUGGUCUUUUGAGAAUCAGAAUAUUAAUAGAGAUAAUAAUCUAAACAAUGGAGGGGAUAUGGAGGAUAGAGGAGGAGGCAACCAGAAUUGGAUGAGAGGCUGGGGUGGUCGAGGCCGAGGUCGAGGAGGCGGCUUCAAAGACUUCGAGAAACAUGAAGAGAGGGAACAAGGGAACUGGGGUGGCAUGAAUAACCAUUGGCAGAAUAGAGGAGGAAUGCAAGGCCAUGGAGGUGACAAUCAAGAUGGUAUGUCAGGUGGUCGGGGAGACCACAUGGGAGGAAACAGAGGUUAUGGCAGUGGGGAUCGGAAUGGUAGCUAUGGUGGGGGUGGGAAUGAUAGAGCUGGUGGUGGGGGAGACUGGCAUGGUGAUACUAAUUCUUGGAGUGGGAAAGCUGGAGGAUUUGGUAAUAAAGAUGAUGACUACAACAGUGGAAGGGGAGGAGGGUGGAGAGGGAGAGGUCGUCCAUUCAGGGGAGGUGGAGGAGGUGGAGACUUCCAGCGGGGUGGAUGGGGAGGAAGGGGGGCAGAUUUCCAAAGAGGUAGAGGAAGAGGUGAUGACUAUCAACAAGGAAGAAACUGGGGGGGUGGUCCACCUCAUGGUGGCAGGGGCAUGAUGGGGAAUGAAGGUCGAAGUGGUGGGUGGGACAGAUUCCAGUAGCUUGUGUGUGAGUGCAUGUGAGCAUGUGUGUGUGAGUGAGUAAUAUAUAUAUAUAUAUAUAUAUAUAUAUAUAUAUAUAUAUAUAUAUAUAUAUAUAUAUAUAUAUAUAUAUAUAUAUAUAUAUAUAUAUAUAUAUAUAUGUGUGUGUGUGUGUGUGUGUGUGUGUGUGUGUUUGUAUGUAUGUAUGUAUGUAUGUAUGUUAUUUGCACUGGGAAUUUAAGUCACUGAGUUGGUUGACAUUUUAUAAAUGGUGUUCAGGUUUGUUGCUUUGAUCUGGAUUUUCUUUUAAUGUAAAUUUGACUAUUGCAUCUCUUGAAGGCCACCAUAUAUAUUAAGAGCACUCUGUGUUUAAAGUUCUGUACAUAUAGUAUAAUUUUUUUCUGAAAAAAUGAAUUAUUUCACAUUAUUCUUCUGCUUAAUUUUGAAAUAUUUUGUUCUGUUUCACAUGAUUGUGUUAAUCCCUCAUAAAGCAAGCACAUCUGUAACAUUGUACAUUGUAAAGAACAUUCCUACAUCAUGAUAAGAGUCACCCAUUUUAGCAUAUCUAUUUUGUCAUCAUCAUCAGAAAUGUACAAAUUUUACACAUCCAUCAUGCUUUAUUGGAACUGUCCAAUGGUUAUUUUUUUGUGAUAUCAUUUGGUAUUUAUGUAAUAGUUCUUCAGAUACUAUCAAUCUCUUCUUAUAUCUGUAAGUAACACUUGAGUUUCAGCCUCCACUCACCUCGUCCUUCAAAAUACUUAAGCACUUGGUGGAAAUGAAGUUUCCUUCAUCUCUGUACCACAAGUGUUAUCUGAAAUGAAGGUCUGCAUCAGGUAAUGCUUUAUACACAGAAAGAUUAUAGACAUUUUUAUAUUCAAAUUAAGUAGAUGAAGUAUUGUAAGGUUCCAUUUUCAGAACUACCAAGUAAUUCACUAACUUAAAUUUUUUUAGAAAAUAGUGGACAGAUGUUAGAUAAUGGGAGAAAUUAGUAAUUGUAAUGAUUCCUGGGUUAGAUAAAGGAAAAAAUUGCAAGUGCAGUUAUUCCAAUCACAAGUCCAGGUGUUGGAUGUAAAGGUCAUUAUGUAUCAUUUUUUGAGUGAACAGUUGUGUGACUACUUGAUGGUGGAUUGUAAGGCUACUUGACUGAACAUAAGUAACUGACUACUCUCACAGUUAUAAGGGAUAACAGCCAUCACAGUAAUAAGGAAUAUUUCACCAACCAGUCUUCAGACUUAGCUGUUUCUGAUAACUAAAUGUGGCUGAACUUCCAUUGAUUGUUACACGUUUCUCACCAUCAUUUUGCUCAAGGUGGCGAUAUUCUCACGGAAACCAAUGUGACUUACAGUAUUUUUAAGCGUAAAUAUCAUGUGGAUAGAAAAUAAAAAUAUUUGUCACAA